AUGAAGAAGACAACAUUUGUGUGCGAUGAGACCAUGAUCCUGACCAUCCCCAUCGGAAGCCUGAAGGGCGCCAGAGAAGGACAGCUCAUGCCCGACAAGUUCUACUGCGUCUUCAAAGAUGCAUUCAAGAUCUUUGUGCAGAAGGGAAAGCCUAAAGCGCUCGGGGCCGCUCAAGCCGUCACUGGAGUUUUCCUUCUCGUUUUGGGCUUGGCUUUCCAGACAGACAUCAUCAUGCGGAUCUCCACCAUUCCAAGUGUUUUGUUCAUGGUUUGUGGCCUGCUAACGUUCGCUGCAGGGCAGUUUCCAAACAUGCUGGUGACCAAGUUGUCAUUCUUUCUCAACAUCAUGAGCUUCCUCUGGGCCAUCACAGAUUGUUCUUUGUGCAUCAUUUGGUUUGUGAACUUUGAGGGGGAAAAGCUUUAUAGGGGAGUGAACGCUCUCAUCAUGGGUCUUCUGGCUCUGCAGGAUGUCAUUGCCAUUUACCUCAUGUACUGGUUGAGUAAAGCUGUGUGCAGGGAGCAUUUCAACAGCCUGCCCACAGUAUUGCUCAAGCAAGGGGACUGA